ACAAGAGAAGAACAAACUCCAGGUGCAGCAGCUGAAAUCUGUGUGACUGUUAAAGAUGGAGUUUAUUAAAGAGGAGAUUGAAGACAUGAGUUAUCCAGAACCGUCCAGAAUAAAACAUGAAAAUACUGAGGAACAAAUAGACUGGAUGGAGAUGAAAGAACAUAAACAAGAACUGAAUGAAGAGGAGAAACAUGACUUCAAAACUCAAAGUACAAAAGCCGAACCGCUGCACACCUGCACACAGUGUGGAAGGAGUUUCACGCAAAAAAAAAACCUUAACACGCACAUGAGAAUCCACACUGGAGGGGAACCGCACACAUGCCCUCAGUGUGGAAAGAGUUUCACGCUAAAAGGAAACCUUAGAAGACACAUGAGAAUCCAUUCUGGAGGGAAACCGUACACAUGCCAUCAAUGUGGAGAGAGUUUUUCACGACAGGACAGUUAUAAACAGCAUCAGAGAACCCAUGAGGAAGUGAGAGAUCAUGUGUGUUGUGAGUGUGGGAAGAGCUUCACUAAAGCUGACCACCUUAAACAGCACCUAAGAGUUCAUACUGGAGAAAAACCUUACGUGUGCUCAUAUUGUGACAAAAGUUUUACUCAGACAGGAACCCUGAAAGUACACGAGCGAGUUCAUACUGAAGAGAAGCCGUACCACUGUACUCAGUGUGGAGAGGGUUUUAGAUAUAAAACUCAUCUGAAACAUCAUCUGCUCAUUCACUCUGAGGAAAAGCCGAUUUCCUGUGAUCAGUGUGGUACGGAUUUUAAAUCGUCAUCACUUCUGAAAAAACACAUGAAGAUGCAUACAAAUAAUAGGUCUUACGCAUGUUCUUUUUGUGAAAAGACAUUUGCUCGACUGGAUCAUUGUAAAAUGCACCAGAAAACACACACCGGUGAGAGAGAUCAUGUGUGUUGUGAAUGUGGGAAGAGAUUUACUAGAGCUGAACAUCUGAAAACGCACCGAAGGAUUCAUACAGGAGAAAAACCUUACAAGUGCUCAUACUGUAACAAGAGUUUCACUCAGUCUGGAGACCUGAAAAGGCAUGAGCGAAUUCAUACUGGAGAGAAGCCGUACCACUGCCCUCCAUGUCAGAAGAGCUUUAGACGUUCAAAAAGCCUUCAAAAGCACAUGAAAAAAUGUAAUAAGUCAUCACAGUGAGUGACAUUUUGAUGAUAAAACGGUCAACUGUGUGACAUAAACAAAAUAUGGGGCUUCACCGUCUAGUUUGGUUUUGUGAAUUUGUUUUCGAUUUAAGGAACUAUAGAAAAAUGUUUGAGGCUUCACCAGACAAAAAAUAGUUUGGGAAAUUAGUUUGCAAAAUGUGUCAGACUGGACUGUGUGUUUUAGUCAGGUCUUGCUUAAAUAAGACACAUUCAUGUCAUUUACUUGUUUACUAUAGCAUGUUCUAGUUGGAAAAUAUUAAAUGAUAAAAACAUGAAAAAAUAAAGUUUUCAUUAUUUACGGAUGGAUUAAAAUCUUUGGUAUACAAUUUGAGUUCAGUGACCAAACAUGUAUCUGAAUCACUAUUAUUUUACUUCUAUAAACAAAUUUUUCAUUUCAAUAUAAAACAGAAAUAUCAUGGUUGAUAAUCCUGUAGUUUGUCUCAGUCUGUUGACACAAUGAAAUGUGCUUAAUGUGCCAAUUUACACAAGAUCUCAGACAUCAUCAUAAUGAAUGAGGUGAAAACGGCAAACUGUUUGGAUGAGACAAAGAGCCUUUUCAGAUUUAAACCUGAUGCUAAAGUAAUGUGUUUCUAUAUAAUGAUGUAACUGAUGUAAAACUCACAUUUCAAUAACAUGAGUUGCUUCUAUAUGCUAAAAAUAUACUAGCAUUACCAAAAUACUCUGUAUUUCUGAUAGCAUAUAUGUUCACUUAAUUUCAGCUUUGAAGUAGUUAAGGAUAAAUUAAGUUG